AGUAUACCUUCUUCCUCGUCUCCAUACAUCUACCUUAUGGCUACUAGCUCCCUUUCUCAACUACCCGGCAAGGACCAAAGCCUUUUUCGACAGAUGGUGCGGUAUUACGAAACUAAGCAAUAUAAGAAGGGCAUCAAAUGUGCCGACCAAAUACUGAAGAAGAAUCCGAAGCAUGGGGAGACUGUUUGCAUGAAGGCAUUGAUCCUUUCCUACGUUAAUCCUGAUGAUAAAAAGGAGGCUUACGAACUGGUCAAACAGGGGCUGUUCUGCGACCUUAAGAGUCACGUUAGUUGGCAUGUGUACGGUUUGAUGCACAGAGCCGACAGGAACUACCAGGAGGCCGCUAAAUGCUACAAGAAUGCUCUCAGAAUUGAUCCAGAGAAUCAACAGAUCCUGAGGGACCUUUCAAUGCUACAGCUAUACCAAAGGGAUUUGGAAGGUUAUACUGAGUCGAGGCGUAAGCUAUUGUCCUUAAGAUCAUCACAGAGGAUCAAUUGGAUGGCGUAUGCAGUAGGAGAGCAUAUGCUUGGCAACUUUGAUGUAGCUAAGACCCUUUUGGAUUCCUAUAAGAAGAAUUUCGCCGCCGAAGUGUCUGAGGAUGCCGACUCGAAAUACGAGCAGUCAGAACUCUAUCUGUACCAGGCUUCACUCUUGGAGCAGGGUGAUGAACCUCAGGAGGCCCUAGACCUAUUGGAACAGCAUAAGAAAGAGAUCGUGGACGGUACGACGAGAUUGGAGAGUAUCGCUCGCUUAUCGAUGAGCUUGGGCAAGUUGGAUAAGGCUGAGGCGGCUUUGAAGGAACUCAUCCUUGACUACAACCCGGAACAAGAAAGCUACGUUCUUGCAUGGCUCAGUUGUGUUGACGAAGGGAGAUUUUCUACUUUCUGGCCUAACAUUACAUCUAAGGAGUGUUGUUGGCCGGUGAACUCUGGCCUCCUCCCUAAGGGUGGUGCUAGGGUUCGUGGCUGGCUGCCGAAGCCUGAAGACAGAGAGAUGGCUGCGGCCGUGGAGGUCGAGCUUGCAGCAGAACUGAAUGCUGGCAAGAAAAGUAUACUCGUGAAAGGGGGUUGUAAAGCACUCUAUCGCCCGAUGAGGGAUCUCACCAUAGAGGAAGAGCAGGAAGUGUUGAAGGCACUUGAUGGCCUCAAUGCUCAAGUGAAGAAGGAAACAGGUUUCGCCUCCGCGACCAUCACAAAAUGCGUACUGCUGUUUCUGACUGGUGAGCGUUUCGAGGGUAGACUGAAGGAAUACGUUACUAAGCUCCUCUGCAAGGGGGUACCCUCCACCCAGAAGCUACUCCGUGUCUUCUAUAAGCAGAGUUCCAGCAAGCAGUUGAGCGUUGAUCGUAUAUUGCGACAAUGCGUGGCAGAGGGCGAGGAGCUGAUGGCAUCAGCUCAAGCUCGUUGUGAGGCAGCUGCCGAAGUGCCCAAGGUUAGAGCGGAGAUAUCCAAAUACCCACCUACUUAUGCUUGCUUCGCCUUCCUGUUGAUGGCUAAUCAUCUCGAUCAUAUUGGGAGCUUCGAGGCUGCAAUGAAGCUAAUCGAAAGGGGUAUGGAGGUUAGCCCAACUUGCAUCGACCUAUACGUAUCGGCAUCUAAGAUAUUAAAACAUGAAAAGCGUUUCGAUGAGGCUGCAGAGUAUAUGGACAAGGCUCGGAAGAUGGAUCUGGCCGAUAGACAAUUGAACACAUUGAGUGUGAAGGCACAGCUCAGGAAGGGUGACAUAGAUACGGCCCACGCCCAGAUGAUGCUGUUCGCGAAAGAGAAUGAUACAGCGAAGACAUCAAACCUCUACGACAUGCAGUGUAUGUGGUGGGAGAUAAGAACUGCUAUGCUAUACGAAUCUCGAGAGGAUUACAGUAUGGCUUUGAAACGAUUCAAUGACGUAUUGAAGCAGUUCGAUGACAUACGAGACGAUCAGUUCGACUUUGCCACCUACUGCAUGCGGAAGAUGACACUCCGGACGUUUGUGGAGUUCCUAAAGACGGAGGAUAGCCUUGAGCAGCAUAUCUACUAUCGUGAAGCGAGUGCUGGUAUGAUAAGGUGUUAUACUAAGUUGAUGGAUAAGAAGGAGGCAGCAGCAGCAGCAGCAGCUGCAGCAGCUAAGGCAGAGAGUGAAGAGAAUAAGGAGAAUGGAUCUAAGUUAUCGGCAGCAGAGCGGAAGCGUCUGAAGCACCAGAAGAAGAGAAAGCAGCAUGAUCAGCAUCCGACCACGACCCAGGAUAACUCCAAAAAGCUUGAGGGAGCAUUCGGCAUGAAGGCAACGGGUCUUACUAUGGAAGAAGAGAGAGCCAAGGGUGACGAGCUUGUUGCGGUUGCUGAUCCUCUUGAUAGAUGCAUGCACAUCUGUGAAGUCUUAUCAGAAAAGUGUGCAACUUGGCUUGAGACCCAGUCCCUCUGUUUCGACGUAUCAAUCCGACGUAAGAAGUGGUUACAAUCCUUAGCUUGCCUCCAACGGAUGAAAGCUCUUGGAGCAUCAUCGAUUGAGGAGGAGACAAGGAGACUAUCCGAUGCAGUAGCUAAAAUUGAUGAUAAUGGGUUAGAGGGUGUGACAGCUGAGGUAUUCAAGGAGGAUCUUAGUGCUCUCUUGUAAGCUCGUCAUCAUCAUCAUCAUCAUGCAGGAGGGGGGUUCUUAGCAAUGAUGUGUUUCUCGAGUCUUGCUGCUCAUACCGAUUAUGGUAACGGUUUCGAGCUAUCAGCUUGUUCAAAUAGUAACACUGUCUCUAUCAC